UUUGGAGCGGUGAAGAAGAGAAAAAACGGGAAGGAGGAGAAAUAAUAGUAGUGAUGAUGAAGUAAGUUCCCCCGGUUCCCCUCCAAAGUUCUAGCACGUGUUUUUCGGACCGGGACCCGGAGAGAGGCGGGAUACUCGGCCUGUUCUCGAAGCUUCUACUGGGUCAUCAUGAACGCCGAUGAGGCCAGGCUGAAGCUGCGGGAGCUGCUGGGCCAGGUGAAUCCCUCUGAGCUCCCAAAGUUACUGGACUGGAUGAAAAACUCAGAUGAGCUGGAUCAGCUGCUGCUUGACAACAACAAGGUGAUCCUGCAGAGCAUUGCAGAAGACUUGAGAGCCAGACUGCCGGUCGAUGCCAUGCUGCCGUCUGAGACUGCUGCACAACACAAGAUGCAGCAGCGGCAGCGGCCCACGGUUCAUGUGGACAGCUUCCUGUACAGUGAGGACCAGGUUGACGCUCUGUGUGAGGAGGGGGCCAUGAGCAGGAACUACUGUCUCAGCUGUGGAUCCUUCAGGACCGCCCCCCUCGAUUUCAUCUCGCACUCGUUCUCAGUGUCAGAACUUCAGUUCCUGUUCCAGAACGUUCUUCCGGACCUCAGUGGUCGGACUGUGGUGGAUGUUGGUUCCCGACUGGGAGCAGUUCUUUAUGGGGGUUAUGUGUACAGUUCAGCCUCUCGCCUCAUUGGACUGGAGCUCAGUGAGGACUUUGUCAGGCUGCAGAACGACACGCUCCACAAAUACGGCCUGUCUGAUCGAGUUCAGGUUCUCCAUGCAAACGUCUGCACUCAGGAGGUUCUGCUGCAGGGCGCGGAUGUUCUGGUCAUGAACAAUGUCUUUGAGUACUUCAUGGAGCCCACCAAACAAAUUGGAGCCUGGAAGUUCAUCAUGCAGGCCUUCAGGAGGAGAGGAGCCCUGCUGGUUACUGUUCCCAGUUUGCAAGAGAGUCUGGAUGCUCUGCAGGUGCCACUGCCACCAGGCUGGGUGGAGGAGCUUCCUGUAGACUACAACGUCUACCUGGGCCGAGAUGCAGACCCUGAGGAGCUCAGACAGAUUCAUCUGUACCGGGUCGUCUGAUGCUGGCGGCUCCACCAGGAUGAGGUCAUGUGUGACUGCAGACAAAAUCCACCCUACUGAGUCAUGUGACUGCAAACGGAGCUCCUUGGAACGGAACCUAUGACUACAAACAGAUCCAGCUGGACAAGGUCAUGUGACUGGAGACAAAGUGCCCUGUAGUGGAUCAGGUGACUGCAGAAUGAAGCGGCUGUUCUCAAUCAUCCAAGCACAUUUCUCCACCUGUCAGGAGGUGGUGCAGCUCUGUGAUCCAGGUGGUUCCACAUCUUACUGGAAGUGGUUUGAAAAGGUGGGAAAUUAUGCUGGACUGCAUCUGCUUUACCAAAAGCCUUCAUUUGUACUCAGAGUUUACAAGAUCAACUUAAGUCAGAAUGUGAACUUCACAAGUCAGAGGUUCUUUACCUCCUCAAUCACUAAACUUCAACAUGGCUUCCAAACUACCAUGGGUCCAAAUCUUGCAGAACCAGAGGCAUAGAAUAGAUUAUUGCACAUUGGUGUUAAUAAUAAAUCAAACUGUUAAUUAUGCUUCACUUGUAUAUUUACUUUACAGCUUGUGUAAACCAUCAUUGAGAAUAAUAUUUUUAUGUUAUUAUCUUUCCAAGUUUCUGUUUGGUAAAAUCUGAUACAUUACAAAAUACAAAAGAUACCAGCA